CCUUGUCACAUUAGAUCAGCCCCCUAACCCUAACCACCACCCCCCCCACUAGCAGCACCCUCACUGAGUCCAAAUAGCCUUGACAUGACAACAAACACACACAUGCAUUUGCGUGUUUUGUCGUCGGGUGGCAGAUAAUGCAAGGUACCGCAAUUCAACAUGAAAUUGAACAGCAGCAGGAAGAUCCUCUUGAACCUUUGGCUACAGCUGCUCUGUAUGCUCUGGAUUGGUUGCAAGUAUGUGGCUGGCCGGAAUCUUUCACCACAUGAUAUUUCCCUCCUGGAGGAGGAAGAUGACCCAAAAUGUUUCACAAGGACAGAAGAGGAUUUCACCUGCUUCUUUCAGACUACCGACAACGGAACAUUUGAUCUGUUCUACAGAAUUGGCCAGUCUGAGGAGAAAAGAUGUGAAUUGUUGACCCAGAGAACAAAAGAAGGAAUGUUGCUGCACAUCUGCUCAUUUCCUUAUUCGGAUGUUGUCUCCUAUGUGGAUAUCUACCUUCAAGUGGUGGAGCGCAACAUCAACGCCACCACCACCACCACCACCACCAGACUCUACAGUCGCACGGUCAGCGUAGAAGACCACAUUCUCUUGGAUGCGCCCUUCAAUGUCGCUUUACUCCAUAAUGGCAAACCUGGACAGCUGCAGCUUUCAUGCCUCACAAAUGUGCCCAAAUACUGGGAGGGCAAAGUGCGCUAUAGGAUCCGAUACACCUCCAAAGGGCUUGGACAAAGGACUAAAGAGGUAACGGGUCUUGAUGACUCACUGAUGUCUCUAAUACCGGGAGAAGAGGUCCGAGUCGAGAUUGCGGUCAAGUGCGGCAAUAUUCAGAGUGCGGGACACUGGAGUCGCUGGUCAGAGCCCGUGAGAGAUGUGGUGCCGCAAAGUGCAGAUGACGUUUCACUCAAGUGCCACACCUCUGAUCUGCAAAUGAUUAGCUGCCAGUGGAACAGCAGCACAUACAGCCAAGCAAAUGGUUGCAAACUUUUCACAAAGAUGCAUCUCAGUGAGACUUUGGGCUGGACUAAUUGGACAGAAUGUGUGCCUGACCAAAACCUGACUGAGCAGUGCACUUUUCAGGGAGAGGAGUGGAAAAAAGUCAGAGUCAAAGUCAGCACUGCGGCAUUUCCACUCAGCAGGACCUUUUACGCCCAAGAGUUCACAUUGAGAAACAUCCUCCAAACAGAGCCACCGGAUCAUCUGACAGGAUUACUGGAGAAGGACAAGUUGUGCUUGAAGUGGGAAGCUCCUCUUAUGACGCUCUCAUCCCAUCUGCAAUAUGAAGUUGGCUGGCAAAUCAAAGAGAGCAAAGCAUGGGUGGUGAUUUCCCCCAAGGGCCCAGCAACUGGUACAUGUCUGGAGGUCCCCCCAAGGAUCCAGUACAGAGUGAAGGUUAGAGCUAAACCCAACGGAUCCAUUUACUCUGGUCAAUGGAGCCAGUGGUCCCAUGUUGUGAGUGGGACAACUCCUGCUGAUAUUGAGACUUUGCUUCUGACUUGCAUCCCGCCCACACUGCUGGUCACUGCUGUGAUCCUCAUCUCUUUGGGUUUGACUUACUCCCGCAAGCUCAAGCAAUGGUUUUGGCCGCCGGUUCCGAACCUUGACAAAGUCCUUCAAGGCUUUGUGAAGGAGAUCAACUUGCAGAAAUGGGAUCCUCCAGUGACCGCAAAGCAAUACUUUGAAGAAGGGACUUCUUCCAUAGUGGAGGUCAUGUCUCAGGAUGAGCUCUCAGGAUCGGGGCAGGAAUCUACGCAGCUUCUGUCGCCGCCGCCGCAAGGCCGUCGCACCGGAGACCAGGAAGAGGGAAACCCUAGAACAGAACUGAAAUUGUUUCCAGAUUAUGUGACACUGAACAGAGAGGGUGUCACCAUUUGUUCAAGCACAAACAAGUAUGUCUGUGAGCAGCAGCAGCAGCCUGGGGAGAGAAGAGGCCCAGGGGUGGAGGGAGUGCUUCUUCCAAAAACAACUCACACUUUCUGUGUCCCUGACAACCAUUUCCUGAACCAUUCCUACUUGCCUCUUUCUGAUUUUGCAUUGGAAGUCCAGGACAAGGACACUGCCCUCGGGGGCCCAGGAAAUGUCUAUACUAACUUACCUUGCAGCUACAUUCCUGGCAAUGCAUCAUAAGCCAAGCUGCGGCACGGUGGGCGACUGGUUCGCAUGGCUGUCUUCCGGUGCAGAUGUCGUGGGUUCCAUUCCGGACCUUCUUGCUUGGAGUUUGCAUGUUCUUCCCGUGCCUGCCUGCAUGCCUGCAUGGGUUCCCUCCACAAAGGAUCAGACAGUGGUCCUGCUGUGUGAUUGUUGGCCUUCUAUGCGUGUGAUUUUGUAGCCGCUAGAGGGAGCUCGCUGAUUGCAAAACAACGGCUGAUUUUGCUAAAUACUGUAACGCUUAUGGAAAAGGAUUCAAACUAUUUAGAAAGUGACAUCAAUCGGAGAUGAAAAUAAACUUUUGUAAAUCAACGUACCAAUA